UUGAGAUCCAAACUUGCUCUCUCCUUGGUGCUGUGUCUGCUUCCACCAGAGUGGAACUUUUGCUUCCUUGCUGCAACCAGAGUGCAAGGAUCAGAGAGAGCCAACUGCAGCAAUUCUAGGAGGUUUUGCAAGACUUUACACACAUAUUUGCUGCAGCAAGAACCAUUUGCUCACCUGUCUGCAAACAUAACAACUGAAGGCUCAAAACUGUUCCUCAACCAAGGCUACCACUACUCUUUGGAAAGACGGCUGGUGGGGAAGCUCAGCCCAAUGAUUCCAAGCCAAGGGCUAGUGUAAGUCAAAUCAGAAAAAAAAAUGAGGGACUUGAAGAUCUUCAUUCUCCCUGUAUGGUUUUCAAUGAGUGAAGUUUAAUGCUUUGAAGAAACAAUCUAAAUAAUUUUGCUUUUGCCAGCAGACUUUUUUUAUCUUUUAAGAGGAACUGAUUUCAUGUGAACUGCCAAAUCUAGGGAAACAGACCUUACACUGCACUCCUAGGGGUAUGUAGAUGGAAGAGACUGAUUUUGGAUGGCUAAGGUUUUGAUGGGGACAUGACUACAUUUUUAUUUUUACAAAUACCUUUUUCUUCUCUACAGAGAAGGCAGACUAGUAAUCAAGUCCCUCCACUCUGGAACUAUUAAUUUUUUCCCCUUUAAGAGUAUAUAUUAUUUUUUGGAGAAAGUUUACUGUGACUGAAAUGAGGCAGUGAAGAACUCUACACUUGAUAUACAGACAAUUCCAUUGAGGGCAGAUCUUCACUCUCAAGUCUGCCUGAACUGGGGAAAUCUUAAUUCUUUGGUGUUUUUUUUUUUUUUUGAAAAGACUCUCCUUCAAUGUGUCUGGAACUUUUGGGGAUUGGAGUCGGCAUGAAUUUUGGACUGCUUUUCGUGUCUCUCUGUUACCUGCCACUCAUCAGCAGUGAGGGAGAUCCCAUUCCUGAAGAAAUAUAUGAAUUGCUGCGUGACAGCUCCGUGCGUUCCAUCAGAGACCUCCAGCAGGUCCUGCAGAUAGAAUCCGUAGAUGAAGAUACCUCUAGUUCAUACAUGAAUUUUACCCAAAUGUAUGCUGGUGAAAAUCUUGUUUCUUUGUCCCGUGGAAGACGAAGUUUAGGCGGAGCAGAACCUAUUGAGCCAGCAGUAAUUGCUGAGUGCAAGACACGGUCUGAAGUCUUUGAAAUCUCCCGGAGCAUGGUAGAUUCAACAAAUGCCAAUUUUAUUGUGUGGCCACCCUGUGUAGAAGUGCAACGGUGUACAGGCUGUUGCAAUACCCGAGCGAUGCAAUGUCGUCCCACACAGGUUCGGGUACGACAUAUCCAGGUAAAUAAGAUUGAAGUUGCUGAAAAAAGGCCAGUCUUUAAUAAAGCAAUUGUAGCCUUAGAAGACCACCUGGCAUGUCGAUGUGAGCCAGUAUCACCCAGACUUCCCAGUCAGGAAAAUUCACGCGAGCACAGAGGUGAGCCCCCAGUAAGUGCUGUAACUUCUCUUCCAGCAAGGGCAAGAGCACACAGGUUGCUGCCACAAAAGAGGAAGCAUCGAAAGUUCAAACACGUACAUGAUAAAAAAGCACUGAAAGAAAUUUUCCCAGCAUAAAAAUGCUGGCAGGCAGAAGUACAAAUGUCAGGUUUAUUUAAUAUAUUUGCUGUAUAGCCCCCAUGGGGUUAUCAAAAGUUUCUCUCCGUCCAUCUGCCUCAAUGCCCUUUUGGACGGCCAACGGUGCUUCCCAAUUCUUCAUUCGCUGAAUGUUUUCUCACCAAAGUUUGCCAUUUAAGUUAAUAAUGGCAUUACAUCCAUCUUGUGAAGAAGAAAAAAGGAGAGAGGAAAUAAAGAGCAAAAUGACAUCAAUGGGGAUGGACAACAUGCUUUUUGCUGCAACAAACACUGUUGAAAUGUUGCAAGACUUGUGGCUCAAAUGCAUUUUAGAAAUGGUGGGUUUGGGGAAAAGAGGAAUAUAACAUGGUUAUUUUUUCCUUUUUUUCCCCUCCUUGUCCCAUCUUGGACUUAACUGGACUCAGGUUGUUUACUGUGGCAGUGGGCAUGUAAGUAUGGCAAACAGUGACAGCAGAUGCACUAAGGACUUUUACUGUCAUGUUUCCACUGAUAGGUGGAAACGUGGUCUUUGUGUAUAUUUCAUUUUUCAUACUAUGCCUUGGGGAACUGAAGCAAUCAAUACUAAAUACCCAUUCCUGGCUCUUUCUGGAAACAGACAGGGAACAGUUAUUUUGGGAGUCCAUUUUACCCACCCCCAUUCAAAGCUUCCUCAUGGGUCAAAGAAGUAAUUUCUGAAAGUGAUGUUAAGAAAGACUUGGCUCCUCCUGUCAAUUGAGUUUAGAGAUGUUUCUGUUAUUAAAUUUACAUCGGGGAAAGUAACAAUUUGACUUAUGGACAAAUUGGGGCUUAUAGCACCCAUGUUGGGCUAUUUUUAUAGUCACUGCCUCUGUAGUUGCUAGAAUAAAGCAUUGCUUUUUAGUAAGCGGGGCCACAGCAAUGUUUCAGCAUGUUGUUUUAAGAUUAGGCAGUAUAGAGGCAAUCAUCAUCAUCAUCAUCAAUCUCUAUAAGUGAUCUCAAAUGACAGUGGAGGUAAAGAGGUCUCUACUUAGGACCACAAAAGCUCUUGCUACUCCAAGUAAAUAGCAGUUUCAACCAGUCAUUGUUAGGAUACAGGUAUAUAGCAUCAGCCUUCAUUUGUAUGUCAUUUAUUUCUCUAGCAGUCAUUUAUGCCCAGAUACAGUCUUAUACAGGGGCAUUGGUGGGAUUGGGUUAGGGGUCAGAAGUUAAAAAAAAAGUAAAGAUGGCAGUUGCCCUUGCCAUCUUGACCCCACCCCAAUCCUGGGUACCCCAAGUCUUACAGCACUAAUCUCAGGUUAAUAUCUUCCAAUCUUAUGAAAACCAAGCUGUGUAAAAUCUUAGAAAAGCCAUACAAUGCUGCACAAUGUAUUGAAUAUAUAUAUAUAAAAGUUAAGUGGUGCUGAAUAUCAUUACACAAAGUGCUGCUGGCCCUGUCCCAGUCCAAUUAGUAACGUCUGAUGGAGAUGGCAGACUUCUCUCUCCUAGGGUCUCCAGUUUGGGAUUUGUUCUCUUUAAAAAGAUGAUGAAUAAGUUGUUCCCUGUCACUAAAUGCAAAAUUCGCUGAUUCUUCUGUCAAAACAGUAGCCUUCCUUCCAGGAAUCAGUUGGUAAAAACAACAAAAGAUAUUCACUUUAUCAGAAAAAAAAGAAAAAAGUGGUUUAAUUGCCUAUGGACCUUUACUGAG